AGUUGACAUUUGACAGCGCGUGUUAAAGCACGUUCCGUAGAAAUAAUAUAAAAUAUAUAAAACGAAAACGAGUAAAAAAUUUAAUUAAACAUAAAGAAAUAAAAAUGAAAACUAACAAAUAAUAAAAGUUAUAAAAACUAUAACAAACACCCACCAACUGCAAUAAUAAAACCAAAUAUAAAAGGGACCAAGAAAAAGACUGUAAAUCCAACAAACGUGUAACCCACCCAACAACAACAACAAUGGAAAUGAAACCUAGUGAUAAACCCACCACAAGCAAAGCAGCACAAUUGGGAAGUUCACAGAGCCCAGUAUCACCAACAUUUUCGAAGACCGUAUCAUCACCGAUUGCUCUCAUGAAUAUGGGCUCCAAAUCACCAUCGGCAGCAUCGUCAACCACCAACACCCCCACACUCGGACAAAUUGGUAAACAGGGAUCGAUGAAUUUUCGACACAGUUAUCUAUACGACAGUGAUGCUGAUGAUCAGACAUUUCUAUUACGCACCCCCUCAAUACGUUCUCAUAAAUUCAUUAUAAUACCAGCCACCUCAACUAUGGUACAAGAUAAAAAAUUUCCAACUGCUUUGUCAACGACAUCAUUGACAUCUCUUCAAAAAUUACCCCUACGAUCGCCAACAAAUCAAAAUCUUAGUGAAUUAAUCGGCACACCAUCAACGCCAACCCCUUCAACACCAUCACCGAAAGCUUCGGUAAACAAAUUUCGUGCACAACCAUCAACAACUACAACAUCUACAUCACCAUCGUUAUUGCCUCGGUCGGAUGUCAUUCAUCAUCAGUUAAAUGUGCCCGAAACGAGGAGAGUAAAACCAACAACAUCUAAUGUCAACACAAGUGUUAAAUUUACAAUUGAGGAUUAUGAAUCUGAUAACGCCACUGAUGCAACAAUGACAGCAACAACAGCAGCAGCAGUCACUAGAACAAAUGCCCCAACAACAAUGGUCACAUCAUCCACAUCUACAUUGGAUGCAUUGUAUUCGUCUAACAUUCCUGCAAUCACAUCAAUUUAUUCUGCCAGCAACAACAGCAAUUUCACACUUCCAUCACAAUCAACAUCAACACAAUUAUUGUUGUCAUCUCCAUCAUCCACCACAUCAGUCUCACCAGCAUCAUCGGCUCUCUCUAGAACCCAACCAUCGCCCAGUGUGCGACCUGUCUCAGCUCUGUUAGUUUCAUCAUCAUCAACUAAUAAUAAUUUUGCCAGUGGCAUUGCCAGUGCCAACGGUACUCCAUCACUGGGAAUUGGUUUGCGUCCACGUAACGAUCGUAACAGCAGCAUGCGUUCUGUGGUAUCAGCUUAUUUGUCCGAUCCAAAUGAAUUAACAAUCAACAGUUUUAUUCAACAAGAUGGUGACUCAAGUUCCUAUUUAUAUCGUGAUAGUGCUGCCAAUCAAAUAUUUUCAGAUGUAACUUCCGUAAGAUCUUUAGCAUCGAUUGGCAUUGGAUCAACAGAUGGUCGAAGAAUAGUUAUAAAAAGGGUGCCGCAAACACCAACGGAACUAUUAAAUAUUGUUAAUCCACCAACACCACAACUACCCGGUGUCGAUGAUGAUGACGAUGAUAGUUUAAUGGAUAUGUCUGAUGAAACAUCCAAUUUGAAACCCAGAAAUCAACAUUGGGGCAAUAAAAUGCAAUUCGUAUUGGCAUGUAUUGGUUACUCAGUGGGUUUGGGCAAUGUUUGGCGUUUUCCCUACAUGUGCUACAAAAGUGGAGGAGGUGUUUUCUUGGUUCCUUAUUGUAUUAUAUUGAUUAUCUGCAGUAUACCGUUGUUAUUUAUGGAAUUAUCAAUUGGCCAAUAUACAGGCAGAGGGCCCAUAGGUGCUUUAGGACAACUGUGUCCACUAUUUAAGGGUGCUGGUUUGGCAAGUGUCGUAGUGUCAUUUUUAAUGUCCACCUAUUACAGUGUCAUAAUUGGCUAUUCCAUAUACUAUUUCUUCACAGCCUUUAAAACAGAUCAACCCUGGAUAGAUUGCAAUAAUCGAUGGAAUACUCCCGACUGUUGGGUGCCUCAACGUUUGUCAGACAAUACCACAGCACCUGCAUCCUCGAGAACGCCCUCAGAAGAAUUUUUCCAAAACAAAGUGCUGCAGAUAAGUCCCGGUAUAGAGUAUCCUGGAGAAAUGCGUUGGGAAUUGUUUGCCUGUUUAAUAUGUGCCUGGUUAAUGGUUUACUUUGCCACCUGGAAAUCCAUUAAAUCAUCAGCAAAGGUCCGUUAUUUUACCGCCACUUUCCCCUUCAUUUUAAUCAUUAUUCUAAUGGGUCGCGCUGUCACCUUGGAGGGUGCCGAUGAUGGUUUACGUUAUUUCUUUAGACCCAAUUGGUCCGAAUUGAAAAAUGCCAACGUUUGGAUUAAUGCUGCCUCGCAAAAUUUCAAUUCAUUGGGCAUAACAUUCGGUUCGAUGAUUUCAUUUGCCAGCUACAACAAAUACAAUAACAAUAUUUUACGUGAUACGGUGGCAGUGAGUGUGGUGAAUAUUUUGACUAGUUUGCUGGUUGGUGUCUUUGCUUUUGCCACCUUGGGCAAUUUGGCUUUGGAACAGAAUACAAAUGUUAAAGAUGUCAUCAGCGAUGGGCCGGGAUUAAUAUUUGUGGUUUACCCACAAGCUAUGGCCAAAAUGCCCUAUGCUCAAUUAUGGGCCGUAAUGUUUUUCUUUAUGUUAUUGUGUUUGGGUUUAAAUUCACAGUUUGCCAUUGUUGAAGUGGUGGUCACUUCGAUACAGGACGGUUUUCCCAAUUGGAUUAAAAAACAUUUAGGUUAUCACGAGAUUGUAGUUUUAAUAGUUUGUGUCAUAUCAUUUUUAUUCGGACUGCCAAAUUUAAUACAGGGUGGUAUAUACUUCUUUCAAUUAAUGGAUCAUUAUGCUGCCUCUGUUACGAUUAUGUUUUUAGCUUUUUGUCAAAUGAUUGCAAUUGCUUGGUUCUAUGGUACAGGAAGACUAUCGAAAAAUGUUAAACAAAUGACAGGCAAGGCACCGUCCUUGUAUUUGAAAUCAUGUUGGAUAUUAUGCGGACCAUGUUUGUUAUUUGCUAUUUGGAUAUUAAGUUUAAUUAAUUACAAAGAGCCCACCUAUCACAAUGGAAACUAUACCUAUCCCGAUUGGGCCUAUGGCAUCGGAUGGAUGUUUGCCUCAUUCUCUCUGGUCUGUAUACCGUAUUAUGCUAUAAUCAAUUUGUGGAAAGCUCAAGGUAGCAGUUUAGCAGAACGUUUCCAAAUUGCUUUACGUCCAAAUAUUUAUGAAUGUAAAAUCUGUGGAGAACAUCAUUGUGAACAUGAUUAUCCCGAACAGGAGCAAUAUAUGUUAUCACAAGAAUUGGCUGGUGUUUAUAAGGCCACAACACCCAUACACAAUCAUCCACAGCCAACAUUUCCUAUGAAUAUGGGACAGAAAGCCGGUUAUAAUCCCAUGCAUUUGCAGCAACAAGAAUCUACAUUACCGAGACAGGAAAAUGUCUAUGAGAAACCUACGACUUCAGUGAACAAUACCGUUGAUGGAGAACCUAAAACAACGUCGACUAGAUGAUUAAUUGAGCCAUAGACUUUUAGGCUUUUAAUUUUAUUGCAUAUUUUGUAGUAUAUUUUUAGGAUGAAUAUUUGAAUAUUCGAUUUUUUGUUAAAAUUUUGUUUUUUUUUCCUGUUUUUGUUGUGCAAAAAUUGUUGUUGUUUACAAAUUGUUAAUGUUAAUUUUUUCUAGUAUAAUUGUAUUGUGUAUCUAUUUUGCAAUUGUAGAUAAAAAGUAUUUAGUAUUAACCAAAGACAUGAAGGAAUCGUAUGAAAAUAAACACUUUCGCAAGCGUAAAAAAUUAAA